AUGGACUCGGACGACCCCUAUGCUCCUCUCGUUCUCGACCUCGACGGCGAGGGAUCCGGCGGGUUUUAUCGGGUCCGAAACCGCCCGGAUGAACUCAACAGAGGCGCCGCCAUCAACCGCGGCGAGAAAUUCCAGGUGGUGGCCGACAUUGUCGAAGUUACACAUGGCUCGCUGAGCAUGGAGCCCAACGGCACCGCUGGCGUCCCCGGCGUCCUCAUUGUGGCCGAUUUCCAGUUUGUUCCGAAACAGGGCCGGCGCUACAAGGGCGCGACCAUCAAGUUCACCUUCACUAGCGAUGAUCCCUUGGUGGAGGUCUCGGUCGAGAGGAUCGGCCCCUCCGGCCGCUGGUCCAAGUAUCCGACGACACGCAACGAUGCCUCCUCGUGGAAGCUCAGCCCUAGUGUCGGAGCCGCGGGGGUCGACGUAAGCCUUGGGGAUGUAUCCAAUGCCAAGGAACAGACAAAGACCUUCCACACGUUUGUGACCGGCACCAUCAGAAUGGAGACGCGCGACGAGGGCGGCAAGGACACGGCCCAGUGGGUGCUCGAAGAGAACGAGGCGCAGAAAACCGGCAUUGCGAGAUUCUUCCGCGUGGCCAUCUUGGCGAAGCUGGACGUCUCGCCAGAGAGGAAGACGCCCGAGCCACCUCAGUUCCAAGCAACGGUCGAAGCUAUCACUACCGUUCCCUUCAUGUCUCGGGGUUGGGCGGAAGAGAAGAUUGAGGUCGUUCGGAAGAAGGUGCCCGUGGAUGAUCCGAUCAAGUUCAAGUGUGGUGUCAAUCGUGAGAGCGGGCUGUUCAAGUUUGACAAGAAGAGUCUGCGCGGCGAGGACCUGACCAAGAUCAUGGCCAUGAACCUCUACCACAGCUUUGAGGAUUUGAAUAAGGCAACGCGGGAGUCGGGGUCAGGGCUAUGA